CCAGGAAUCAAUUCUUCGCGACCUGGUCGCGCUGGUCAGCCCUGGUCGCCCCCGGUCGCGCUCUCUCCAUCCAUGUCGCAUCCCCUGGGAGAGGUCGCGCAGAUUUCGGUGACGGAGAUUGCGCAGAGCCAGCUGCCGCCAGAGCCACCAAGCCCCUCCCACCCAGGUCUCCUCGGCCUCAAGCAUCCAUCCUCGAGCUUUUUGGGGCUUGUGGACCAGUUGGUGCAAAAGCAUCAAGAGGAGCUGGCGAGUGCCUGCGGAAAACCCGCCAGCAGAAAUAACCGAAGCACUGGAAGAAGGUCUGCAGGAAGUGUGGACUCGACCUUGUCUCAGACCUGGUCAGAUCGGGGCCAUGUCGAGGAGACCACCUCCCCGCACUUUCCGCGCAUGACCACUCCUAACACGCCCACGGCGGCCAAUUUCCUCCUGCGCAGGGACCGUGAAAAGAAAACUCGGCUCUCCAACGUCAAUGCCAGCACGCUAGCAGAUGCCUUCGAUGAGAAGACCUUGAAGACUCUGACAGAUAAAUCUGACAGCUUUGGAGUCGGCCUUUCUCCGGCCCUGCACAAUGACAAGAAUGGAUGCUCCUCUUCCUUUGCGGAGUGGAUUCACGAUAGAGAUGAGCAGAAGAGUUGCUGGGAGAGAUGCCAAGACUUCUUGCAGUCCACGCGCUAUGAGUUGAUCAUUGCCUUCGUGCUGGCCGUGAAUGUCUUCUGCAUGGCAUUGGAAAUGGAGCUGAGAGGUGUCCAUGUCGCAGGUGUUGAUCUUGGACUGUAUCCUUCAGUAGUUCAGUUCGAUUCCCAACUGUUUCGCACAUUUUCAAAGGCAGACAAGUUCUUUGCUUUCUUCUUCGUCUUUGACGUGCUCCUUCGCGUUUGUGUUCUUCAGUGCCGUUUCUUCCACGUGUGCUUGAACUAUGUGGACAUCCUGGUGUCCCUGACCUCCCUGGCCGAGGUCGUGCUGACUUGGGAGACUGAGGGUGAUGAGCUCAGCGGCACCAGUGGAAGCAUGCCGGUGAACCCGUUGAUUUUCAAGCUCUUGCGCUUAGGGAAGCUGGCAAGGGCUAUCCGGAUGAUCACCAUGAGCAGCAUGCUUUUGUCCUUGCAGCUUUUGAUCAAAUGUUUAACUGCCAGUCGUGGCAUGCUUCUCUGGAGUUUCUGCUUGCUGAGCUUGGUUCAAUGUGUGGCUGGCAUGACUUUAAGCACCUUGUGCCAAGACUAUAUCGAAGAUCCCCUGGGGCCUUUCGAGAUCAGGGAGGAGGUCUUUCGUUACUAUGGUACGUGGACUCGGACCAUGCUUUCAAUGUUUGAAAUUUUAUUUGCGAACUGGGGCCCUCCAUGUCGCAUCUUGGUGGACCAUGUGCAUGAAGCCUUCUCAAUUUUUUUCUUGGUGUACCGAUGUGUCCUUGGAUUUGCGGUGCUCAAUGUGGUGAACGCGGUCUUCGUCCAACAGACCCUCCGCACCGCCAAUUCGGACGAGGACUUGGCCUUCCGGGAGAAGCAGAGGGAUAUUGCCUCGUACACUCGAAAGAUCCGGAAGCUUUUCCAGACCAUGGACACCAGUGGAGACGGAACCAUCAAUUAUGAGGAGUUCUCCAAGUUGGUGAGCGAUCCAAAGUUGAACUUUUGGAUUGGACAGUUGGAGUUGGAAUAUCACGAUCUCAUGAGCCUCUUCGAGUUUUUGGACAAUGGCGACGGAGAAAUUACCUUUUCGGAGUUCAUCGAAGGAGCGACGCGGCUUCGAGGUCAGGCGAAGGCUUUGGACAUUUGGCGCAUGGAGACGAAGGUGGAGGUUCUCUUUGAGGAAGUUCUGAACAUUUUGGCCGGACCUGGACAAGGCUCGUUGCACCCGCCGCCAGCGUCACCCGCGCUUUCAGACGUCGAAGCCAUUCCAAGGACUGUGUCCGUGAGCAAUGCGAGCAACGUCCAAGACGUCUUCGCCCAGUCGGCAUUUAAACACAUCAGGAGUAUCCAGAAACAGCGCUUCUCUCCCACGGAGGAUCUGAGAAGUGAAAUAUAGCUCCCGCCGCGCCGGCCGGGCUCCCGUGUGCGGUUGUGAAGAAUCGAGGUUUGCUGAUCUUAUCGACUGCUGCUUGCUGAUGGACGCAUAUUCUUGGACGACAUCCGCGCUUCAAACUCAUUGCUCAUUGCUUAUGCCGUGAUCCUGACAGUGUUCGAGGAACCUGCAAAGGAAGUAUGAAUGCUUCCCGAACCAUUCAAGGCAGUCCAGUGAUUUUUGGUCUUUUGCUCCUUUUAGGCCUGCAGGCAGAUUGAUUGGCU